AGACAGUGGACACGUACCUUGAGUCUGACAGAUCUACCUCGUUCUUACACCAGUUUUCUGCAGGAGUAAACCACCUCAUUUUGCACACCUGAGUGGCAUGUAAGGGAUAGAUGUUGGCCAUUUUGCGAUUUUUAGAUAAGUUGGGCUGACAAGAGACACUUUUAUUGCUGAAAGUGUGGCUUUGGAGCAGAAAAAAGAGAGAAAAAAACAGAGACAUCAAAAUGUGGCAGCAUCCUGUGAAGGCUCCACAGAGGGCCAGGGGACCCUCUCUCACCUCAGCCCACCCCUCAGCCCGCCUCUGCCUCUCAGCCUGAACCAGACCAUCUCUGCUGUCAGGACUUCAGCUUCAAUCAGCUGCUACUCUAAAAGCACUCUGUCACGUGCGAUGAAAUCACUACCAGGACAGGCUCGCGCGCACUUGCACGAGGAGUCACUUGUGAACUAGUGAGGAGCGCGCGCGGACAUCCAGCGAGAAUAAAAGCGACCUGUGGAUCUCUGCCGGUGUCAUGAAUGAACUUCGUAGUGACAAAUAAGAGCCGGACAAGGAGGAUGGAGAUGCGGGGCGGCCGGGCAGGAGGCUCCGCAGCCGAAUCACAGCCAAGCUCCUCUGACACUCCGCCUCAUGGAGCCCGAGCCGGAGUCUGAGCGGCUGUAGCGGCUGUGUGAGCGCCGUGGCUCCUCCGUCUCCCUUCAGUGUUUUAUUGACCGCCGAAGCCGGACAGCGCGCAGGGGGAUGUGGGGAAGCCAGAUAACGGGGCUCGGUGACUUUCUCUCACUGCCGCUGGUCGUGGCGGUGAUGUGCUGCGCGCAGAGCGUCAACGAGCCGGGGAACAUGUCUUAUGUCAAAGAGACUGUGGAUAAACUGCUGAAAGGAUACGAUAUUCGCCUCCGGCCAGACUUUGGAGGUCCACCGGUUGCUGUUGGUAUGAGUAUAGACGUGGCGAGCAUAGACAUGGUGUCAGAAGUCAACAUGGACUACACGUUGACUAUGUACUUCCAGCAGUAUUGGAGAGAUAAGAGGCUGGCCUACGCAGGGAUCCCUCUCAACCUGACACUGGACAACAGAGUAGCUGACCAGCUCUGGGUCCCAGACACCUACUUCCUCAAUGACAAGAAGUCCUUUGUACACGGUGUCACUGUUAAGAACCGGAUGAUUCGACUCCACCCGGACGGCACUGUCCUGUACGGCUUAAGAAUCACAACGACAGCAGCCUGCAUGAUGGAUUUGAGGCGAUACCCGCUGGACGAACAGAACUGCACUCUGGAAAUUGAGAGCUAUGGUUACACAACAGAUGAUAUAGAGUUCUACUGGAAGGGAGGAGACACUGCUGUGACCGGAGUCACACGAAUUGAGCUCCCUCAGUUCUCCAUAGUCGACUACAAACUGGUCUCCAGGAACGUGGUCUUUUCCACAGGUGCCUACCCUCGACUGUCUUUGAGCUUCAAGCUGAAGCGAAACAUUGGAUACUUCAUCCUGCAGACGUACAUGCCCUCCAUCCUCAUCACCAUCCUUUCCUGGGUGUCGUUCUGGAUAAAUUAUGACGCCUCAGCUGCCAGAGUUGCAUUAGGGAUCACCACUGUGCUGACCAUGACAACCAUCAACACUCAUUUGAGAGAGACUCUACCCAAGAUCCCCUACGUCAAAGCUAUAGACAUGUACCUGAUGGGCUGCUUUGUGUUCGUCUUCCUGGCUCUGCUGGAAUAUGCCUUCGUCAACUACAUCUUCUUUGGACGAGGUCCUCAGAUGCAGAAGAAGCUGGCCGAGAAGGCGCAAAAGGCAAAUAAUGACCGCAAUAAGUUUGACGUUCCCAAGUCCCUUCUGGAAGGAGGCUAUUGCAAGUUCUCGUCUCUUAAACAGUCCAAUCAGGUACAAGGGCGUCGUCACUCACGACGGGUCGACUCCCAGGGGAACAUUUUACUGACAACCUUGGAGAUGCACAACGAGGUGGGAGGGAACGAGAUGACAACCACCGUCAGUGAGACUCACAACUCCUCCUCCAUGGUGUUUGACAACUCGGGGGUCCAGUACAGGAAGCCGAGCGCACCGCGAGAGUCGGGCCGCCUCAGCUUGGAAAGGAAUGCACAUCUUAAGAAAACCCGCCUGCGGAGACGAUCCUCGCAGCUCAAAAUCAAAAUCCCCGACCUCACCGACGUGAACGCCAUCGACAGAUGGUCACGGAUUAUAUUCCCCUUCACCUUCUCCCUCUUCAACCUCAUCUACUGGCUUUAUUACGUCAAUUAACACACUGUGUUUUUUUAAGCCCAUCUCUGACUCAAUCUGGUUUCUGAAUGAGAGACUUGUUUGUGACGAACCUGACACUGUAACUUUUUUUUUUAUCAGAGUGAGUGCAGACUUUGACGCUCAGACGGUGCACAGUCAUAAGGAUUAAUCUACAGAACAUGUGUUUUACAAAGACUCGCAUGUACAGACAGUAACUCUCUGCUCCAACCCCUGUGAACUCCUGAGACAACGAUCUCAUGGGUUGAAACACACACUCUUUGCAGUGUUGUAUCUCCAGCUGUUUACACUUCUUCACAUCGGUUCUUAGAUCUGUCCCCAGAAUAUAAUGUGGUCACAUUAUUACAGCUUAGUGCAAAUGACAAGUAUUCAUAGUAUUACUGCAGCUCUAAUCUAAUCCAUCAACCUGCACGGGAACAUAUAUGGACAAACACAAUGUGCACAUCUAAGCUAAAAUCUGACUUAAUGAUCUGGAAAUGAUUUAUGAUAAUUGUGUUUACAUGCGAAUUAGUGUCCCUGUUAUGAGGUUUCUCACAGUUUUGAUCGUAUUUGGGAUGAGGCAUUUACAUGAAACAGGAAAAAGUGGUUCUUCAUACCCCUGUAUACAUGAUAAAUACUAAUAUCGUGGUUACUGCAUGUUUUUAGCACAGACACCUGUGAGGUCUACGACACAAACCAUCAAUUUAAUUGACAUUCCUGCUAUUAUUAGCCUAAUCUUAUUAUAUAUUCUAUAAUGAUUUUACUGGAGCGUUUGCAAACACUCAUGCAAACACAGUCUGUGAAGCCAGACUUAAAGAAGAAGUUCUGAUUUCUGGAAAAAUAUGCUUAUUUUGCCUUGUUUUGUGAGAAUUAAUUGAACAGAUCAGUACCCUUCUCAUGUCUGUCUGUUAAGUCUUGAGCUACAGCCAGCAACUGGUUAGCUUAGCAUAAAGAAACUGCUGAGCAGAUUUUCCAAAAUCUUGAACUGUUCCUUUAAUUUGCCUCGGAGUUGAUGCCACCGGCUGUUGUCUCGCUGUGACCUUGCUCCUGUGAUUACCAAACACUGUGCAAAGAUGUCAGAAAGUCUGUUAAAGCCCCGUUUUAAUCAACAAGUGAAUCCAUACCAGCAUUUCAUACAACCAUCAUUCGUUGCCUUUACUUAAAGGAAUAGUUUGGGAUUUUUUUUUCUCAUUAGCUUUCAUUCCAAAAAGAAGAUUGAUACCACAGUAUGCUGAAUAUCAAGCUAAAGCUAGCAGCUGAUUAGCUCAGUGUAGCUUAGCUUAAAGACCGAACACAAUUGGAACCUCUGAUGCUAACUGCCACAUCAAAUCGACUAGCACGUGUUGAAUAAAAAUAAAAUAGUGUUUUGGGGGAUUACAAACUACUUUAACUUCUCUACCACACUGGAGACAAAUCUUGCAUUUUUUUUUUUACUCCACUACUAAUUAUUUGGUAACUGUAGUGACUUUGCACAUUCUGAUUAAUAAUAUUGAAUAUAUUCAAAAAAAUUAUUGUGGUGCAAUAAUGUUUGAAAAUCCCACAGUGAUCCCUUAUGAUUCAGCUACGAUGAAACUUUAUUGGUCCUCAUCAACAUUUACAUUACUCUGAAAGGCACUAUUCUGCAUGAAUUCUUUUAAUUAGAUUUUAAUGCUCAUACUGUGUUGUUGUUUGAGUCAAAUCUAUGUAAAUACAAGAUGUGACAACUUCGACCAUCACUAAAUUAAAAACAAUAUUAUGCCACGCCAUUUUUAAACAAAUGUUCAGAAAAUCUCUGUUAGAAAAAUGAGAACGUUCCACAUUUACUGAACAACUUUAUAUAUUAAAGACCCUACAGUAAUAUGUAUGUGAAUUUACUGGACAAACUCUAUAAUUUAAUAGGUCAUUUGUGAACUCUACAGCUGACCUUUCAAUAGCCAGGUUAGAUGUUUCAUAUAUUAAUGCUAAGCUACGCUAACCGUCUGCUAGCUGUAACUUGGUAUCAAAGUGGCUUCAGUCUUUAAUUUCACUCACAACAACAAACUACAUGCAUUCAGGUAUUUCCAAAAUAACAUCCUAUUUCUUUGUCAUUUACAGUGACCCAUUUGCUUUUAAAAACAUGCAGCUGACAAGUGGACAGAUGAUGUGUCAGUAGAGCUGCAACUAACAAAUCUCCCAAAUAGUUCAUUAUCAAAACAGCUGCUGCUUAAUUUAAAGGCAACGAAUCGACUGAUUGGUUAAUGGUUGUGGCUCUGUGUCACAUGACAUUAGUGCAGACAUUCCCUGGCUUUCAUUGCAAACUUGUACACUAUCUGUUCAGUUUAAACUUAUUUCACUGUUGUUGUGCUUUCACGACUGCCGUCACGAUAUUUCAUUGAGUUUGUAAAACACAUACACAGCACAGCAAAACUCCUACAGCGACUUCCUGUUUCCCUCCAGACUGCAUGUUGUGAGAGGGCCGAGUCGUCGCUGCAUCUCCAGGUCUGUCGGUCCUCUCUGGGGUUUGAUGUACAUACGGUUACUCUGCACACAUUCUCUCAGCUACAUGGCUACAUGUUAUCAGCGGUGUUUUGCUCAGUGAUUUCUGGAACUUGCUGUUUUGUUUUGUUAGUCUUUACACAACAUUAUAAUUUCCUAUUUGUGAAUGAAAAUAUAAA